ACUGACUCCGCCCCCUCCCCCGCCCCGCUCUCUCUGAAGUCACUUUUUAUCUGUGUCUACAAUGGAGGAAGAGCAGCAGGCUCUACGAGUUGAAAAUGACGGAAGAAGCGAUUCGGAGCUCCGGCCGCCCAUUACCUUCAUCUUCCCUUUCACUCGCUACGCCACCCGCCUGAUCGCGGCCGACCACCAUCGUUCGAUCCUCCUCGGGGACUAUUCCGAGCCCCGAUCGGACGGCCUCCAAGGCGAAGAUGACCAAAACCUCGGUGGCUACUACUAUUACUACUACUCGAAGCCCAUUCUGGUGCUGGACCUGGUGUGGAACCUGGCCUUCCUGGUGGUAGCCGUUGUGGUGCUCUUGUCCACCUUCAAGGAGAGGCCGUCCACGCCUCUCAGGGUUUGGCUCUGUGGCUACUCUCUUCAGUGCGUCUUACAUUUCACCUUCGUCUACCUCGAGUAUCUCAAGCGGAUUUCUUCUGUAAAUGGUCGUGUUCGUGCCGCCCAUCCUCCGCUUUCGUCCUCUUUGACUUACGGCAGCAUUUUAAAAAGGGUGGAAUCAAUAAAUACAAUGAUAUCAUCCAUCUGGUGGGUGUUUGGAUUCUAUUGGAUUGUUAUGGGCGGCCAAGUUCUUCUGCAAGAUUCUCCACGCCUUUACUGGUUAACAGUAGUUUUCCUAGCCUUUGACGUGUUCUUUAUCAUCUUUUGCAUUGGAAUGGCCUUUGUCAUUUUCUUUGCUCUCUGCUGCUGUAUUCCAAUUGUAGCAUUUGCCUAUGCUAUGACAAUAAGAGAUGGCGCAUCCGAAGAUGAUAUAAGGUCUCUUCCCAAGUAUAUAUUUCGCCAGGCCAAUCCACUGGGGACCUUCGACAAAGAUAAAAUGAAAAUUGCUCGGGCAAGGGUGCAGUCAGCAAACAGUAACCAUGUCAAUGAACUUUGUCUUCAUCCGGAGGAUUCUGAGUGCUGCAUUUGCCUUUCACGAUAUGUAGAUGGAGUGGAGCUCUAUACCCUUCCCUGCAACCACCAGUUCCAUUGUGGAUGCAUCAGCAGAUGGCUCCGAAUAAAUGCUACUUGUCCUCUCUGCAAAUAUAAUAUCCUCAGGGGUGAUACUUUGGUCUGAUCCUUUUCCUUGAGUCCAGAUUGAUUCACAAGACUCUUGAGGUGUAAUCCAGAUGGUCCUUUGCUGACCUGCUGACAAAGAAAAAGAAAAGAUACUUUCUUGCAUGGUUCCAGUUCCUAAACCCUCUUUGCGAAUUGAUUGCAUUUUCAAUACUUGUUACAAUCAUUGUAUAUUUUGUAUAAUGCCAAUGACCAUGUUGUAAUGAAUCACAAAUUCACUCUAACUAGGUCGUGAAAAGCAAUGAACUGGCAAAGGGGAUAGUGGGCAGAUUUUA